AUGUCAGAUUCCAAUUACGCUGCUUGUUUAUGUGGUAAAAAGCGAUUAAAGUUAAAUGAAACAAACUGGAAAAGACAUUUGACUUUUUGUAAAGUCGCAAAAUUAAAAAAAAACAAUACCGUUGUCGAUGUACAUAAUUUUUUUACAAAAAAACGUAAAAUAAAUAAUGAAGAUGUACCAGAAAAAGAUAAUUGUGAUCAAAUAGAUAAAUGUCAAUUUAAUAAUUCAACAACAAUAAUUGAUGCAGUACAUUCAGAUAGUAUUCAUUUGGCUUCAGUCACUUCAGAUUUAUCUCGGUCUGGUAAUGAUUUUAAGUCUAAACAACCAGUUGGAACCAAUCAUGUAGACUUAUCUAACGAUCCCGAUAAAUAUAAAAUGCUUGUUGAUUUAUCACCUACGAUAGUUGAUUUUUUAAUUAAAAAAGGACCUAUGCAGCCAACUGUUGAUGAUCUUCCUACUCGUGUUUUUCCCAAAGAUAAAUUUGGCCGCAGUUUCCAGACUUCAUGGUAUUGGAAAUCUCUGCCUGGUAAUGUAAAUGUCAGAAGAGAUUGGCUCAGUUAUUCUGUAUCAAGUGAUAAAAUGUUUUGUCAUCAUUGUUUAUUGUUUGGGCGCAAUAUUAACAAAGCAUGGUCUGUAGACGGAGUUGCUUCGUGGCCGAGAGCUUUGCAAAGUAUGCAAAUUCAUGAAUGUUCAGAAGCACAUAUUGAAGCUUCCCUUAAAUUAAAAUUGAAAAAAAUAUCAUUACCCAUACUACCUUUAUUAGAAGAAAAACAUAGACGAGACAAAGCUAUUAACAAAGAGAUUGUUCUGGACUUGAUUGAUAUUACUUUUUUCCUUGCAAAAAACUGUAUUGCAUUUCGUGGACAUAAAGAAAGUUUAAAAGAAGAAUUGGGUAACCGAGGAAACUUUUUAGAUUUAGUUCAUUUGAUGUCUAAACGUUCACCAUGCCUUGCUUCUUAUAUAACUAAAUUGCAAUUAUCGACAAAAAAACAAAACGUUAGUCUUAUUUCAAAUAUAAGACAGAACCAGUUAAUUGGAUCACUUGCUUCAGCAAUAAGAACAUCAAUACAAGAAGAACUAAAAACUGCUCGGUUUUUUAGCAUAUCAAUUGACUCAACUUUUGAUUUAUCUAGGAAGGAACAAAUUUCAUUUGUUGUACGCUAUGUAAAUUCAACAGUUGGAACUGUAUCUGAGCGGUUAAUAGCGCUAAGAGAAUCAUCAGUUACGACUGGCUUUCAAUUAUUUAAUAUUUUUGAAAAACUAUGUGUUGAUUUAUCUAUUGAUUGGGAACAGUAUUUAGUGGGACAGUCUUAUGAUGGUGCUCAGAAUAUGAGAGGUGAAUUCCAAGGAUUAAAAACUUAUGUACAACAAAAAUGUCCGUCUGCAACUUUUAUUUGGUGUCACGCACAUAGGCUAAACUUAAUUGUUGCCAAGUCUGUUGGUUGCAAUAUAAAUGCCAUAGAUCUUUUUGGUAAUCUAGAGUCAGUAUACAAUUUUAUAUGUGGAAGUAAAAAAAGAGUGGCUAUUUAUGAAACUAAACAAGAUUGUUACUGCAGUAAAAGAACUCGUAGGCUCAAGCGAGUUGCUACAACACGUUGGAUGUCGCAUGGAUAUGCCCUUGAUUCAAUAUUAGAAACAUUUGAAGCUGUCAUUGAAACUCUAGAUGAUGUCAGGAAUAAUGAAGGCUGUAAUGACCAAAGUACUGGACAUAUUGCUGGUUGUCUUAUAGAAUACCUUCUUUCUAGACGGUUUUUGUUAAUCGCAUUUUGUUUUAAAUACAUUUUUGAGAUUCUUGGACCAGUCAACAUUUUAUUACAAAGUAAGGAUCUUGACUUACUUUCGGCAAUGAACAGCAUACAUAAUGCUCAGCUAGAUAUUCAGAACCUUCGUGAUGGUAAUAUUUUUAAUAAGAUAUUGAUUGAUGUUAAUAAUUUUAUAAACAAGUUUAGCCAAUUUGAAUUUUCUGAUAAGCUUAAUCAGAGAAUUCGUCCAUUUGAUGAAUACUUUGAUAAUAGUUCAAUUGGAAUUUAUAAAGAUUUAUCAUUGUUCAGUAAAAAAAGGCUAGAUGAAGUAAAAAAGAAUCCAGCAUCACUUCCAAAAGAUGCUUUUUCAAUGUUUUGUAAGGUUUAUGGAAAGUAUGUUGAUCAAGACUACCUCAUAGAAAAAGAAGGAGAAGAAGAAUUUUCAUCAGAAUCAGAAUCAGAUAAUGAAAUUGAAAUGGAACCUAGAAAAGUGAUUAAUGUAGGGAGUAUGAAAGCACUGUAUCAAAUUUUUCAUGCUGGUAACUUGGGUUCAGUGUUUCCAACUCUUAAUAAUGCCCUUCAAAUUGCUUUGACACUUCCUGUUUCAAGUGCUUCUACAGAACGGGCAUUUUCAAAGCUCAAAAUAAUUAAAACUCGUUUAAGAACUACCAUGAAUAACACACGUUUAGAAGAUUUGAUGUUAAUCACAUGUGAACAAGACAUGUACAAAAAUUCAAACAAAGUUUUAGAAAUCUUUGCAUCAAACAGUACUGAACUAUGUAAAAUGAUAAUUUAA